UGGUGAUAUUUAUUUCCCCCACCAGAAAAGCCGCACUUAAUAUAAAAGGAUAUAAAUAUAAUAAUAAAUAGUUUUUGAAAGUAAUAGGAGGGAUGAAAGCGUACAAGCAGGUGUCCAUGAAUACGAUCUCUUGUUUUUGAGCCCCUAUGGAUUCCCCUCCACCGCCUCCUCAUCAUCAUCUCUCUCUCACGAUAGUUUGGGGACCGUCGCAGGCCCAAAGGGUCCAGAGAGAAAAAGAGGGAGAGAGAAAUAUUUGAAAGAGAACCUUAUAAACUAACAUGUAUUCGAGUGUCUGUACACAAGUGUUCGGAGGUCUCUACAAGUGUGCGAAGGGUCCCAAAUGGCGCACCGUUAAGCAUUCUAUUUCCGAGUCUUCUUUGUGGGGGUAGUCCCACAGAUAUCUUCUUUUCCUUUUGAAGAAAACACAUGGCCUUGUGCUGUGUUGUAUUUCUCCCUGCGCGCCUCCGCACAGUUCAAGAUCGUCCAAGCUACGGAGGAUGUGAAAAUUGAAGAAGAAAAAAAAUUGUGACUCAAAGGGAUAGAACAAGUGAAAUACGAGUGGAGGGAAAAAUUUUUCUUUUUCAUGGUCCAGAGGGAAAAUAGAAAGUGGAGGACGCCAAGCGUCGAUUUUUCUCAAGUGUGAUUGCAGGACUUAGCGGGGACGAAAAACAAAAAUGAUUCGACGAAAACGAUUGCUGGGAGUUUUUUGUAUUUUGCAAAUAUUUUUUUGCUUUGGAAAUGGAGUCAAUGGAGCGAAAUUUGAGAAUAAUUUAUUGGAUUCGACAAAUUAUGAUGAUAAUAAUAAUAAUAAAUCGUUAGCUUAUCGUUUAGAAAUUUUGAAACAAGAGGAAACAACCCAACUUGCUUUAGAUGAAAAUAUUAUUUCCGAUGAAUUGGAAGAAGAAGAAGGGAAAUUGAAACCGAAUGAAUUGGAGAACGAUGAAAUUAAAUCUCAUAACCAACCACAAGCUCCACUUUCACCAGAUGUGGACAAUUUGAAAGUGAUUGAUACAACGUCAAAUUCAAUAACAAUUUCGUGGCGAGUGAGCGAAACAUUUGUUCCUUCUUACAAAAUUGAAUGGUCAAUAAAGCCAAUUGAUAGUGGAAUUUUGAAAGAUUCUAAAUUUGUAAUAUCAAAUCUUACAAUUUACAAUAUCACCGAAUUAGAAUCAUGUUCAAUAUAUUCAAUUAAAAUUACCAAGGAAAUUCACGAUCCAAAUGAUGAGAAGCCACACGAUUCAAAAACUUUAGAACAUUCCACAAAAGCUUCUGUUCCUGGAAGAGUGGAGGAAUUAAGUGUGGAAGCCGAUGAAACGUCUUUGAAUAUUUCAUGGAAAUUGCCAUUAAAAAAUAGUCAAUGUGUGGAUAAUUAUGAUGUGAAAGUAGUCGAUGAUGAAGGAUCUGAAAAAAUUGGAAUACGAAAUAAGGAAAGAUUUUAUAAAGCUUCAAAUCUUGAACCGUGUACAAAAUAUCUAAUAAGUGUCGCUGCUCGUGGUUUAGAAGAUGUUGGUUCGUCGGAUAAAAAUCGCAUUGAACAAUCUACGAAAUCAGUUGUUCCAGGCGAGGUGACAAAUUUACAUGUGGAAACGAGUGAAACUUCGGCAAAACUUUGGUGGGAUUUGCCAAAAAAUAGUAAAUGUGUUGCACAAUUUUUAGUAGAAACUUUUGACAGUGAAAAUAAAUUAAUUUCAAAGAAAACAACGGGAAAUAAUUUUUUUGAGGCCAAAGAUCUUAUGCCUUGUACGAAAUAUAAUUUUACUGUUAAAUCAGAAGGUCAUAAUGGUUCAUCAUCACCGGGACAAAAUGUCACCGCACAAACUAAAUCAUCGAGACUCAAUAAGGUAAAGGAUUUAAUGACCAUUGUUAAGAUAAAUUCCAUCGAUAUUUCAUGGACUCCGCUUGGAAAUAAUGAAUGUGUGAUUGGAUAUUUAGUUACUGUAUUUAAUUCCUCAAUUGUUAAUGAGGAAAUUGUUUACAAUGAGACAACGAAAAAAAAUUAUUUCAAUGCAACCAAUCUCCUUCCAUGUGUUAAGCACACAAUUGUCGUGAAAGCCCUCGGAUAUUCUGAAUCGUCAAACGGCACAAAUGCCACAGUAAUUACACAAUUAGUCAAACCAAGUAAACCUGUGAAUAUUUCUCACACUCCAAUAGUGGAGAAAGCAUUGAAAAUUGUUUGGUCACCACCGGAAAUUGGCGCAAGUUGCGUGAAAGAAUAUCUCAUAACAUUAAAAACAAACAUUUCGGAGGAAAUUUAUCAAAUAAAUAAUACAACCAAAACUGAAAUACAAAUUGACGGUUUAUUUCCCUGCACAUCGUACAGUUUGGAAAUUAGUGCAGUCGACAUUGAAAAUGUAAAGAGUGUCUCCGAAUUUAUUCAAAAUACAACACCAACAUUAAUGAGCGUUGCUCAGCCGCCGAGAAGAGUAAAAGCUCCGACCUACACGAAAGAUUCGGCAACACUUUAUUGGAAAAUUGAAAGUGAAAAUAAUUGCACAGUGGAAGCGGUUAUUGUCCAUUGUCAUUACACUGUGAAUGAAUUUAAAGGAAUUGGCUAUGAGCCAAAAAAUGGAACGGCCAAUUCAUCAGUAAUAGAAAUCGAUCAACUUAAGCGAAAAUUGGUUAAUAUUAAAGUCGAAAAUUUGAGUCCAUUCACAAAUUAUGAUUGUAAAGCGACAACAAUUAAUGUCGCGGGGGAAAGUAAUAGCAGUUUACCCGUCAACGUCAUGACCGAGGAAGAUGUUCCAUCUGCACCGCAAAUGAAUUUAACAGAUGUGAGCGAUUUGGAAUAUUCUUUCGAGUGGAUAAAACCAGAUAUUAUUCCGGGUACGAUACAAAAUUACGAAAUUGAUUUUACAUGGGAACCGGCGUUUCCCGUUCCCGAUAAAUGCAAUACUUUAAAACACAAUUCAACAAUAUUGGACAGUGCAUUAUUGAAUUAUACCCAUCAAAAAGGAUCGCCCUAUUCGCAAUACGAAGUGAGAAUACGAGCGAAAACAAGAGCUGGUUAUGGAAAUUACAGUGAAUCAAUUUCGUUCAUGAGUGACGCUGGAGUUCCAUCGAAAGUGACGAAUUUCACCUACAAGCACGAGGGGAGUAAAAAUGAUGCGAAUGUAUUGAGUACAAUUUUACAAUGGGGCCUUCCUUGCGAAUUGAAUGGAGUAAUUGAAUUUUUUAAUAUUUCUGUGCACGGCGUGAGAAAUGAAACGGUGCACAAUUUCACGAAAAUACUCGAAAGCGGCAAGGAUGUCCACAAGGACGAUAUUUUUAUGGUCGAUCUCGAGGAAUUGAGACCAUCUUAUUAUUAUACUUUUAUAUUGACGACAAAAGUGAAAAAUGUCACUGAAUUGGGAGCUGGAACUACUUAUUACACUAAUUAUCCCGCUGGAAUUCCAGUUCAACCGGAUGUUGAAUACGUGAAAAUGUUGACGAUCGACCCUCAAAAAGCAAUAAAAACAACAACUUCGGCUACAGUUUUACUGCCACUGUUUCCAAUGACUAAUGGCGAUAUUAAAUAUUAUGCGGUGAUGGUGUCAACGAGGGGAAAUAAUAAAGGGACAAGAACAAGAUAUGAAUUGAAGGGUAAUGAAUGGCCGAAUUCAUCAUGUUGGCAGGAGUCGAUGCUCAAGGACUUCUCGAUUCCAUAUCAGGCCACGAGUCCAGAGUGGAAUCCGUUUCCGAAUUAUGUGGUUGAUUAUGGCCACAUAAAGGCUGUGAAAUUUGUUUUGGGACAGGACACGGAUUGUCAAGAACUUUCAAUUAACACGAACCGAAGACUUUAUUGCAAUGGUCCCCUGAAGCCAGGAACUUUUUAUGACGUUCGAAUGAGAGCAUUCACUGAAGGCGGCUAUUCUGAUUCUGACGUUUUUAUUGUCAAAACCAAUGCUGAAAUAAAUAUCCCGAUAAUAAUAGGAAUUGUGAUUGGAAUCAUGGUACUUGGAAUUUUAACGACAAUGAUGUUGUUAGUUAGAAAAUGUUCUCCACACGCUGUUCUUCGACGAUUUUUGCAUUCGGAUUUGCCGGGAUCGCCGGUUCCAACGCCAUUUACGAGGCGAAAAUUCAUCAGUCAUUGUCAGCAACUUGCUGACAAUCCUGGAAAACUCAGCUGUGAAUUCCAGUUAUUGCAAACUCUCAGUUUGGACCUUCAAAUGCCAACGAAUGCCGCUUGUCUUCAGGCAAAUCGAAAGAAAAAUCGUUAUUCCGACAUUUUACCAUAUGAUUUUUCCCGAGUGAAAUUAGACGUGAUCGAUAAUGAUCCAAACACUGACUACAUUAACGCUUCAUUCAUUACUGGAUAUUCCGGUGAGGAUGAAUAUAUUGCGUGUCAAGGCCCAAAGGAAGAGACGACAUACGAUUUUUGGCGAAUGAUUGAUCAAUAUGAUGUGAAGAUAAUCAUAAUGUUGACUCAACUUUUUGAGAAAGGAAAAGAAAAAUGCCAUCAAUAUUUUCCUACAAUUAGAGAAACGUUUACGUAUGAAAAAAUGUCAAUUCGUUGCACAAGCGAAUUAGAUUAUCGCACUUGCACCCAAAGAACUCUGGUUUUGCAAAAGGACGAAAAAAAGAGAAAUAUAAUGCAUCUGCAUUUUAAAGAUUGGCCAGAUCACGAUGUACCUGAGGACUUUGAUCCAAUGAUUAAUUUUUGUCAAAUAAUGCGUCGGCACAUUACGGCCAACAAGGGACUCGUUGUAAUUCACUGCAGUGCCGGAAUUGGAAGGACGGGAACAUUGAUAACAAUUGAUAUGUUAUUGCAAAGUAUGAGAGAAAAUAGAAAAUUGGACGUUUUCGGAACUGUUUAUCGAUUGCGAAGACAUAGAUUGAAUAUGGUUCAAAGAGAGAGUCAAUACGCUUAUAUUUACAAUUGCGUGCGACAAGUACUUAAAAAUCCGUAUAUUCUUAAGAAUUAUAAACCACCGCCAAUGGAUCUACACAAGAAUAGCAAGAAAAAGAAAGAUUCGGCAAAUUCGAGUCUAGGAUUAGUCAGCAGUUUAGAUUGGAGGAAAGGCAGCAUCUCACUUUCGGCUGAUUCAAUGGAGCCAAUGUAUCAAUCAUCUCCAUCUUCAACUCUCGAAACUCCAACAAGAAAUGGUACUUUUAUUGAAGGUCUCAGGUGCAGUAAAUCGUUGACUGCUUUAGAUCCAAAAAUUCUAGACACUCGAGUGGUUAAAACAUGCAGCCAGGGCUAUGUGACUUAUGAAUCGAUAAAAAAUUCCUCGUUCGGCUCGAGCAAUGCAAGUUUAACUGCAAGCGAUACUCAAGGAUCGCGGAAAUCAAUUUACGAAAACGUUCGUCCCCUAUUUCGAUCAAAAUCGGAUCAAUUGCUCGAUGUUAAUGACGUUUUUAUGUGCAGGACAAAUUAUUCCGAAACCAAAGAAGAAGAAAAUUUGGAAAAAGACACAUCUCUCUGAUAAAAGUGAAAAUUUACACCAAUUUAGAAAAAGGAUAUUAUUGUGAUAAGGUCUCGAGCUGAACUCGUUAUCAGCAUAAUAAAUAUGUGAUUAUUAUGUUAAUAAUCAUCGCACGACUGUCUCUCUUAUUCUCAAAAAAAGGGGAAGAAAAAAAAAUUAGCCAAAGCAAUAUUUUCCUCUUUCUUUUCUUUCUUUUUCGGGAAAAAUUCCAAGAUAGAUCAAAAGAAACAAAUUGUGAUUGUGACACAAUUACGGGAAAAAAAGGCUGUUUAAUAUUAAUUAAUUAAUAAUAAAAAUUGUAAAUAAUCUUCGUGUAGAAAAUUUUUGUACAAAAAGAAAAAGAAUCGUAUUUUUUUGACAAGUAACACAUCAAAAAGAAGUAUUUGUAUAUAUAGAAUAAAUUUUAUAAAAAUUAAUUCAUUUUAUAAAAAUCAUGACAAAUCUCUCGAUUUCUUUUGCCAAAACGAUUACAUUCUUCUUUAA